AUGACUUCCAAAGCGCAAUCCGACGCUGAAAGGCCAUGGCACGCCAACUUCCCCGCCCCAAAGUCGACUGCUGGUUCGAUGUCGCGGGAACAGUUACUUGGGCUGCUUCAAGACCAAAAGAAGCUGCCUGGCCGCGAUUUCCUACUUGUAGACCUCCGUCGGACUGAUCACGAGGGCGGCACCAUUCGUGGCUCUCUGAACCUUCCAGCGCAGUCGCUAUGGUACAGUCUGGAGUCAUUGUAUGGGCUUUGCAAAGCUGCAGGCGUGUCCGUCGUAGCUUUCUACUGUGGAUCAUCGAGAGGGCGGGGUACCAGAGCAGCUGGUUGGUUUCAAGACGUGCUGGAACAUCGCGGCGAGACUGUCAUGAAAUCUUUGGUAUUAGCGGGGGGCAUUAAUGGAUGGUUUGAAGCUGGCGGAGAUUACGCGAAGUUCGUCGACGGGAACGAGAAGGACUAA